AUGGCGAACAACGCCGGCGCGCUCAAGCGGAUCAAGACGAACGAGCGCAACCGCGUUCGCAACGCGGCCUGGCGCAGCAAGGUCCGCACCUUGACGCGCAAGACGAAGGAAGCCAUCGAGGCGGGUGACGCCGACCUCGCCAAGGAGUGCGCGCGCCAGACGACGUCUGCCAUCGAUCGCGCGACCCGCCGCGGCAUCUACCACAAGAACUGGGCGGCCCGCAACAAGAGCCGCCUCUCGAAGAACGUCAUCGCCCUCAUUCUCGAGUCCCGCGGCGAGACGAAGAAGGAGGAGCCCGUCGAGGCGUGA